AUUGAAUGCUUUUUUUUUAAGCCUUCCUCCAUCCCGUAACUCAAAUGUUACGGCGCUUAAAAUAAUGGAACAGAUAUUGAGUGUCGUUUUUACAGCAUGGGUUCUUUGUUCACACUAAUAGUGAACACCUUUGUCUGCUUUUCUGUAUAUUUUUUUGCAUUAGGCUAGCUGUGAACAACAAUACUUGACGGUCAGUUAGCUGCGGUACUACAACUGACAAGUCACGUUAGACCGACUGCGCCUUUCGUUUGUUUCCUUACUCUCUUGAUUUAGUCAAAUGGCAAUACCAUUAUUUACCCGAUCAGCGCUCAUGAAAAGUGUACAGGAUUGAGUGUAAGAUGCAUGGGGUUGUCCGAUCUAAAACGUCGCUAACUUUAGCUAAAUGUAUGUUUUGUGCACAGGUCGCAUCCAUUCAAUUAGCAAGGCUAGCCACCUGACAUCAGGAAAAGUCAUUGGCAACAUAAUUAUUGGAGACCGGGACCAGAUUCUCUAGCUAGCUACUGUAGUUAACUAAUUUGGCUAUAGAUUAUUACUUAGAUGUCAACACUUGGCUAAAUUGCUAGCUAAUACUAAACUGUUUUGUUAGCGUCUUGGCUAAGUAGGUGAAAGUUGAAUACCAUGCAACACUAUUCUGUAUAGGGGUGGAUAGCAAGGUGGUUAAGCAGGUCUUAGGUCAAAAACAGUGCAAAUAACUUGAACUAUGUUGCUCUAAUUCAAUUAAUUUUUCUUAGAAUACAAAUUAAAUACAAUCAACCCUGUUCCCUACCUCUCAUUUGGGUGCUGAUCAUUAGACAGGAGUCUGUGGCUACCUGGUCUCAGUGCUGUAAGGGCCUUUUCUUCUCCUGGGGGCCCCACUCCUCCUUUUACCACCCUGUCUGUUAGUCCACCUGCCACAGUUGUCACUCACGUAGAGCUGCACCGACCAGAGAAACGCAAUGCCACGUAUAAAGCCUUCUGGGGGUAACACCUGGCCCUAACACCACUACUUGAACACAGCUGAAGCGUUCCUGUUUCUAGUUGUACUUUUGUGUAAUCCAGCAUUACAGCACUGUUCAUGAAUUUAUGUGAAUCCUAUAUUUCUUAAAUGUAUUUUCUCUCAGAGAAAUGGUGGAGUGCUUUACACAGAUAGCUGUGGACCUGGAUUGCCGGGUGGUGGUUGUCUCAGAUGCUGGAGAAGUUUUCACAGCUGUGUAUAUAUUUCGGAUUAUGACUGCGUGUAGGCGUUGACUUCAUGGACAUGGCCAGUGAAGUCUUAAAGCCUGAGGGGGACGGCAUGGCCAGGACUUCCUGGAACAUGCGACGCAUCAUCGCCAUGUACCAGGAAACCUUCACCGUCAUUGAGAAGUGUCUGAAGCCUGUGGUUGUGGCAGUGCAGGGAGCUUGUGUUGGAGGGGUGGAUCUGAUCACAGCCUGUGAUAUCCGUCUCUGCACUCAGGAUGCCUGGUUUCAGGUGAAGGAAGUGGAUAUUGGCCUAGCAGCUGAUGUUGGCACUCUGCAGCGCCUACCUAAAGUCAUUGGGAGCCGCAGCCUGGUGAAUGAGUUGGCUCUGACAGCGAGGAAGAUGUAUGCUGAUGAGGCCAAGGAAAGUGGAUUAGUCAGCCGCGUAUUUCCGACCACAGUGUGGCAGAGGGCCUGAACUACAUGGCAACGUGGAACAUGAGCAUGCUGCAGAUGGAGGAUGUCAUGAAGUCAGCUGUGGCCUCCAUGGAGAAGAAGAGUCCUAAAACAAUAACUUUCUCCAGGCUCUGAAGCUGAGCUGCAGAAAGAGGCCGGAGUUCAACUUUUCUUGGAAAAGUCAGGGGGAGAAGGGGAAUGGAUGGAGGGGUGGUGUAGAAAGUUAAAUGAAAGGAAUUCCUUUAUCUACUUAACCAUAGUCAAAUGAACUAGUGUAUACAAUUGUUAUGUCUCUGCGUCCAGUAUAAUGGAAGUUAGAUGUAGUUUGAGGCGUUUGAUAAAGGGCCAUUGCCAAAAUUAUCAACUAUCAAUUUAUAAACAAAUGUAAAAAUGAUCUCUUUUGCCUCCUGACUGCAUAUGUUUGUGUGUUGGUGCCUUUUUGUCUGUAUGAAUCCCCCAAAGCAGAGCUGUCUGUAAAGAUGUGUUAUUGUCCUCUCUUGCUGGCUCUGCAUGCAGGAUUCAGGUUGGAUACUCUACCAACCACCCUCACACUCUUGCAAAUGUACAUAAAUGAUUGCAUCAUAAAAAUAGAAAUGAACUGAGCCAAAGUGCCCUGUUUCUACAUGUUAAGUGUUUGUGCUGAGUUUGAUGCUUUGAGCAUACAAUUCAAAACCUAAAUAUGAAACUUAAGCAUCUUUCACCAAGCAAAUGCUCAUAGCGUCGCGUUCCAGUUUGGACCACUGCCACCAUUGGAGGAGAUAUGCCUAUUGCCCAGACUCACUUGCCGAGUCUUCAUUAUGCUCAAUUGCCAACUUGUUGACUAUAAAUACGCACAGUGGGCAUCCGGGGAG